AUGAUUGUUAGCGAAUCUAAAAUUGACUCUUCCUACCCAAACAGUCAAUUUUCUAUACCUGGUUUUGUGCUCUACCGUAACGAUAGGAAGAAAGGAGGAGGAGGAAUUUUAGCUUACGUAUCCUCUGAAUUAACAUGCAAAAGAAUCAAACUUGCCAAGACCUAUAAAACCAUUGAGCCAAUUGUAUUGGACAUCCACUUCAAAACGAAAAGCAUUAGAGCAAUUGGAUUAUACAGACCUCCUACAAAUUUCACAUUACAAUAUCGUCAACAGCUUGAAGAGGAACUCAAUCACAUUUGUAAUUGGGCUAACCUACUAAGAAGUUCCAUCGUAGUGCUUGGUGACUUGAAUUUGGAUCGUCUUAGACCAACAACUAAUGAAGGUAAACUACUUUUAGAUCUACAAGAAACACAUGAGCUCGAUUGCCUCAUUUCUAAACCAACAAGAAUCCAUAAAACGGGAGAUCGAGUUAGUGAGACACUAAUAGACGUUAUUUUGACGAACGUCCCAAAGGACUUUGCCAAGAGCGAUGUUUUUGACCCAGGUCUAAGCGACCACGCCCUCAUCUAUACUUUCAUGAAGGAAAGGGUGGCUAAAUGUAAAUCAAAAGUUAUCAACUUUCGGUCACGUAAAAAUUUUGAUCAGAUGCUAUUUAAAGAACAUUUAGCUUCAGCUCCAUGGCAUGUGGCUGAAAUCUUCGAUGACCUUGAGGAUCAGUCCGAAUUUUUCGGCCUAUUGUUAAAGGACAUCGUAGACGAACACAUGUCUUGCAAGAGAAUGCGAGUCAGAGAUGGGGACGUAGCUUACAUGACUACAGAAUGGAAGGAGGCAAUUAGAAGAAGGAGGAAAGCACUUAGAAGAUUUCACAAAACUAAAGCUCAAGAGGACUGGGAACUUCACAAAAAGUUACGGAAUGAAGCCACACGACUUAGACGUAAGUCAAUUAAAGACUUUUGGGAGAAAAAGUCCAAGGACCUUGGAAGUAAGCCACAUGAAUUCUAUAAAACAUUCAUGCCUUUUCUUGGAUCAAAAAAGGUUAGGGAAUCAUCGGACAUGAAUCUGAAGGUCAAUGAUUCAAUAAUCAGCAACAAGUUGGAUAUCGCAGAGACCAUGGCUGAUUAUUUCUCAACCAUUGCAGAUAACAUUGGUCCUACCAGCGAUAUUUCAGAUUCUGACCUGUCAAAUCACCGAAGUAUUCAAGCUAUCGUAAACCAACGCAUAUCUAAGGGUGAUUUCAAACCAUUUCAAUUCAAAGAUAUAACAGUGCCGGAGGUUCAGAAAAUCUUGAAAGACACAAAUCCCAGGAAAGCCUCGGGAUGGGAUAAUAUUCCACCCAUUGCUUUUAAGAUAGGCUCUUCGGAGCUUGCUACACCGUUAUGCGCUCUUUAUAAUCAAUGUAUCGCCAGCUGUCAUUGGCCAAGGAACUGGAAGAAAAGCGAGUGGGUGCCUGUUUAUAAAAAGGACGAUCGUUUGAACAUGGAAAAUUACCGUCCUGUAAGUAUAGCGAUCAUGGUAAAUAAGACCUUUGAAAAACUUCUUACAAAUCAGAUUACAGCAGAAUUUAAUGAACGUUUGAGCGAUAGCCUGACAGCAUACAGGAAACGAUACAGUUGUGAAACGGCACUACUAGCAUUGACGGAAGACUGGAAAAAUGCUCUGGAUAAUCGAAUGAGCGUUGGCCUCUUAAGUACUGACAUGAGUAAAGCGUUUGAUUGUCUUCAUCAUUCUCUAUUACUUGCUAAACUGGAGGCAUAUGGCUUUAAAAACGAGAGCAUCAAGCUAAUGAAAUCAUAUUUUAUGGAUCGCUAUAAUAGGCUAAGAAUUGGUGGAAUUGCAAGCUCCUGGAAAAGGGUCAAGAAAGGAUGCCCUCAAGGGUCCUCGUUUGGACCUCUUUUAUGGAAUCUUUUCCAAAAUGACUUGACGUUUGGAAUUCCUUCAAAAAUUGGGAUGUAUGCUGAUGACCAUCAGUUCUACGAAAUCAACAAGGAUAUCAAUACUAUACAAACAAAACUACAGGAUACUGCACAAAGAGCUACAAAUUGGUAUGAUACGAACUUUCUCAAAGGGAACUUUGAUAAAUAUGGAUCAAUGAUAUUGAAAGGAGGUAGACUAAAUGAUGAACAGUUAGAGCUAAAUGUUAACGGAACAGCCAUUAAAUCAUAUAAAGUUAUUGGGUGUCAGUUAUUCCAGUCAGUUAGUUUGCCUGUCGACGCUCGCUUAUCUGACAAGUUACGCACCAAGAUUUGGGGUCAGGAAUAUGUUGACUUUGGCUCACUUCUCACAAACCAAGUUUUGGAUAAUCAAUAUCAAAUAACCAUCCAAAAUGCAGCGAGUGACACUGCCCCUUCUUUAUUCUAUGAUGACAAUUUUUGUUUUUUAAGACAGGCGCAUGGCGCUUUGUUGCCCUGGGACAGGAUCCAUGGUGAAUUAUGGCUUAAGUCACAAAAUGUUCUGUGUAAAACCUCUCCACCGCAAUUUUCUGCACUGCUACGCACAAAGCCUGAUUCCAUCCCAAAGGGCUACUGUUUUCGUUUUCAUAAAGGCCACAAAUGCCCUCAGGGUUGUGCUUUCAACCUCAAGCUGCCAAAUCCUUUCUUACCCAGCCUUCCCACCCCAAUAAAAGUUAAUAGAUUAGUUUUUCUUCUUGAUGGGUACACACCUUCCACCGUUGAGUUUUUAUUAUCAGGUUUUACUAAGGGUUUUCCGGUACACUUUGAGGGUGAAUGUACUUCGCAAACAGCAACAAAUUUGUUAUCAGCUCUUGAAAAUCCUGAAGUGGUUGAUGCUAAACUUGGGAAGGAGUUAGCGGCCCAUCAGCUUGCUGGCCCUUUCUUAUCCCCUCCACUGUCCCCAUUUUGGAUAUCCCCUUUGGGCAUUGUACCAAAGAAAGUUCCAGGUGAAUUUAGGUUAAUCCACCACUUGUCCUUUCCUAAAGGUUCAUCAGUUAAUGAUGGCAUAUCCCCUGAGCACACCAGUGUUCGAUAUGCUACCAUCGAUGAAGCUAUCAAACUGAUUAUGAAUGCUGGUCUGUUAGGUUCAUCAAUUGCUUUGGGCUUUUGCCCUCAGCCAUUUUUACUCCAGAUCAAUGUGAUUUUUAUGUGCCCAGUAAACGAGCCUGGGAGAUGCAGCCCAGUAUUUUAG